AUGUCGUAUUCGUUAAUCGUCGUCAUUCAUCGUUCGCUUAGGCCGAUAUCGCGCAACAUUGGUUUUCUUCUAUCUACAAAUUUUGCCAACGAGAUACUGCAGUUAUUAAUUUAAUACAAAAUGCCUAAUCAGGUGUUAACUAUAGAGCCGCAAAAUGAACUCAAAUUUAAAGUUGAUUUCUCAGGGCUAUUCGAGCAGGGAUAUACCACGUAUAUGCGACUGAUAAAUCCUUCGAGCGAAACAGUACUUUUCAAGAUAAAAACCACCGCUCCAAAGAAAUACUGUGUACGCCCCAAUUCUGGAAUGUUGGAACCUAACUCGAAGGUCGAAAUAGCUAUUACUCCACAACCGGUGUACGUUGAUCCAAAUGAAAAGCACAAACAUAAGUUUAUGGUGCAAAGUGUUAUCGCCCCAGAAGGAAAAAAUAAUAAUAUAGAUCAAGUGUGGAAGGAGAUCAGUCCUGACCAGCUUAUGGAUUACAAAUUGAAAUGUGUUUUUGAAACACCACGUGGCACUAAUCUCAAUGAUUCUGGAGACAAUGCGGCUCAGAACGAAGUAACGAAGAAGCGGGUAGCAGUUGCAGAUGAAGCAAAAGCAACUUUGAAGGAAGACGUAGAAGGUCUUAUCCAGAAUGAAGCAAAAAGGAGGAAGGAUGAUGAGCACACUGGACCUUUAAGCGCUAAAACAACGACUCUUCCUAAGUCUGAAAAUGUUGAAAACGAUCUACAAAAAGCAUCUUUAGAAGUUAUUCAUUUGCGAGAGGAGGAGAGCAAAUUAAGACAAGAAAAUUUGCAGUUAAAAGAGGAACUACUGCGCUUGCACCAAUCAGCCGGCGGAGAUGGCCGCGUUGCCCGCCCGCAUUCCUAUGGGCCCGAGAAACAAGCUCAAGUGCCGUCAUUGCCCUUGGUAGCCGCAGCAGUAGUGAUGGCCCUUAUUGGCAUCGUGAUUGGCAAGUUCUUCAUGUGAAUGCUCCCUCAGGCCUCGCGGUGACGCCACCUCACAGACACCGCUGUUACACCACUCCCAAUGCCUCCCUCGCGCACAAGGCAGCUUAACCCUACAAUGCAUCAGUUUUAUUAUUUCCAUUCUCAAUAGAUACGUGUAAUAUUUUCAGCCUCAAUACUAAUUUCUGUGAAUGUUACACUAAGCAUUGUCUACGACAUGAUCAUCUAUGUCAUUACUUUUAAUCUAGUAAUAUAAGACAAAGUAAUAAUUCUUUGUAUGUAUUUUUCUUAGGUUUUGUAGUCGCACUCAUAAGACCUGACGUAAGUCAUUCUUAUCAUUCUUUAGACAAGUGCAAUUUUUAUUUUAUCAAAUUUGUGCUGACUGACCAAGAAAAAUCGUUUUAUAAUUAACAUGCAUAUUUGUCAUUCCAUUGUACUGUAUAUAGGAACAAACUGAAAACUGUGUUUAGCGAGGUGCAAUAAUAUUAUAAUGUAACAAUAGAAACUAAAAACUGUUGUUUGUACUACAUAAUAAAAAUACAACUCGUCCCCAUAAUAGUCUCUCACCAUUUGUUGCUUGUGCAAAUGCUGUAUAAAAAACAGUCUCAAGUCUAACUCCCUUAUGCUGGGGUGAGUGCAUUCUUUUUGAUAAUGUUGAAUUUAUUUUACUAUUAAUUGUUCUUUAAAACCUUAUGCUUUUUGUUGCUUGUUUUUAAAUGAAACCGCGUAGUUGUGGUAUGAAGUUUAGAAAUUAUUUUUUCUUUUUUCAUAACUGAAGUAGUCAAUUACAUCUUCACUCCCUAAAAUAACCUACCAAAGUAUUUAUUCUUAUGAAAACGAAGGAUAGGAGACAAUGUAGACUAUGGCAUUUUCAUCGCGGGGAAUAUAAUUUUAUUAUGUAUGAAGUAUCAUCAUUAUUAUAUUAAAAUAAACAUUUGUUUUCGACGUGCAGGACCACGUCUGAUUGUUUACAUGAAUAUGUAAAUUGUCCUUACGUCUUUGGAGUUAUGGUAAAAUGGGAGAAAUCAUUAUAUUAACGGAUGUGAUAGAAAAUCUUAUUAAUACAAUUUGUUAUUAAAUUAAGAACUCUAUAUAUAAAAAUCUCUCUCACACAUGUUGUUUUUUCUUUUCUACUUUGUGCAAAUCAAAGAGUUCUUUCAAGUAUUAGUAAAUCUGUCUGACUGGGUGCGACCAGACAAUGUAAUCACAGAAUUCGUGAAAUAGUCUGAUAUUGAUAUAGUUUUGUCAAACUAUUAUUACAGAUUAAAAUGUAAACAUUAGCCCCCUUAUUGAUAAAAACGUUAAACGUCUAAUAUAUCCAUUUAAACUGUGUAGUGUUUUGUUACAAAACACAAUACUAAAUUGGAUUUAUUAGUAAUUUUAUGUUUCUAUUAAUAAUAUGGUAGUUGUUUAUACCUAAUAUUAGAUAUUGCUGUGAUGUGGUUACACCACAUAUCACAAAAGCAAUGUAGGGUUAACAUAGUUAAUUGCGACCUCACCCAAUUUUCAAUUAUGACGCAUUUGUGUUCUCCAGUAAUAAGCCACUUCCUAUGUGUAAUAUUCGGACUUGAGCUCUAUUCACGGUUACGGUUAUGGUUAAACUGCAGUCCUUUAUAUCUGUGAUUCCACAGCUAUCACCACACAUAUGUAUUCCAACAAAAUGUAAUGUGACACUAUCCACCCUACUUAGGUUCGUUGUGUUAAUGAGAAUGUUCUUUAACAUGCGUAUUGAAGACAGAAAUCAUUGCAAUCCUCUGAAGUAAUUGUUUAGUCCGUAAUAAUGUAUAAUUAUAAAUAUUAUACACUAUCGAUAGCUGUCGUGCCACUCAACAUGUGACAUGAAUAACAUGAUACAUGUCCUAAUAUGGAUAACUUGAGUAUUUUUUAUUAUAAAGAUAACAAUACCCAAAUAAGUGUUCUCAUUGGGUAUAUAUGAUACAAACUUACAUAAUUCUUCUAUAUUUUUAAUUCUAACCUCCUUAUUCAGACGAUUGCAAUGAAUUCCUCGACACCUGUAUAAUUCUGUCAAUGUUUUCCUAUUUUGAUGAUGAUGAUCUAAUAAAGCAAUUAUUGUGCGUUUAUAAAAAAAUACAAGUGCUAAUGUUACUAACAAAAUCGUAUCGUAAGUUUUCCGAAAUACAUGCAUAUAUAGAAUAAAAAUUAAUGUCAAAGAGUAAAUAUUUUCAUGCAGUACAUAGAAUAUAUAUUUAUAUAGCAGAUCGGUGUGUACUAAUUAUUUUUCAUGUGACGACCGUGCCUUUACUGUCACCGUUGUUUUAUAAAAUGUAUUAAUGAGUAUAGCUUGUCAACUUAAUCGGUUAGUGCAUACUAUGCAGGUGCGCGCUCUUCCUGACCCGCUACAGUAUAUUCCACGCCCCGCAGACGUUUUACCUUUCCACCUGGGCGCCUCGCACGCCUUAGGGAGUGGCAUGUACGAAGUUGACUGGUUAUAAUACUCACUUUUUUACUUGUUUCGUGGCUCUGUAACAUUCGAACAUGAACUUUUAUAAAAUUUACUAGUACAAACCACUGUAAGCCAUAUUGAAUAAUAGAUGAUCUCCAACCGAAACUAUGUACGGAUACCUAUUACGAGUUGUAUUAUUACAGUAUUAACUUGGCACGAUAUCAGAUUAUUAUUUUUAACAUCGAUACAGCGUUGAGUAUAAGAUUAAUGGGCUUGUGCCUUGAAUCGUCAAUACCAGCCUUCAUGUGAUUAGAGCAAAUUAGAGCAUUACAGCGGGAGUGUCCAACAGCCAGAGAGGCGCUCGCUUCUAAACAAAUUAGUUUUCAUGCAGCCAGUUGGUCUUUAGCUGAGCUUAUGAAUAUUUCCUAGGUUAAAUUUUAUAAUAUACAUAAAAACGUUUAGUAAUUUUGAUGAAUAAUAUUUCGUAUAACUACAAUAGAAAAAGUGUGUAUCUGAAACUAGGUUCUUCUGUAGGACAUUUAAGCUCAGCUAGCGUCGAACUUCAAGACACAUUUUAUGUGGAAACAGACAUAUUUAAUUGUAAUUAAGUCGCAGGUGUGUUUUAUAACACUUACGAUUACUAUUUAUAAUUCUAGGCGUCAACAUGUCAUGGUUCAUAGCACCUUUAAUCGUAGAUUUGUGUCUGUAAAUUUAGAUGGAUUACAUUACGGUUUAUUGCAUUUUUAUUUAAUGUUAUGUUCAUAUGGAUUCGUUUAAGGUGGAACGGUUUUUGAUAUGUACCAUUAGAUUGAACAUUUCAUAUUGCGAAACAAUUAUUGAAAUUUAAAAAUCGAUGCUUAUAUGACUUCAUUGUUGACUUCGAAAUAAUGACUAAAUACAGUUAUUACUUGCUUUUUUUAUGUUAUUAUUUAUAAAAACCGUUAAUGUCUCCAGAUUAUAAUAUGAAAAAACUAUCCCCAAAAGCAGUUUUUUUACUAUUAUAAUCAGGACAGGGUAUAAUCGAACGGAUAUUUUUUCGUCGGUAUAAUGUAUUACAUUAUAUAGGAUAUAUCGGAGAUAUAUAAUCGGAGGAUUCAUAGCUUAACUAUUUAGAACUGAAAAGCCUCUUGCAUGAUUUGAUUCGACAUCGCUUUUAACUUUUGUGGUUAAGUUCAAACGUAAGGAAUAAACUAAGUUUAGGUUACUUACCAUUAAGGGAAUUGUCUUAAUUUCCAUACAUUUGGAGAACUUAACCCUAAACGUUAUUUAUCUUAUAUUACUUUGAGCACAGAAAAUAACUAGCGCCAUAUAAAUAACAAACCAUCAUCCACUCCCAUAUUACACAUUAAACAAUUUAGUAAUUGAAAUUUUCAAUCUUUUGGCAUAAUUAGUGUAACUCUCUAAGGGCAUAUAAGAUAUUUAUCGCAAGUGGGGCUUGUAACUAAUAAGUUUUCCUGUAGUUUCCUAAAUAAAGAAAUUAUAUCUUAAGACCAACAAUUAUCGGGAGUGUUACCAAAAAUUAACGUGUAUGUUUGUCCGAAUGUUUCAUGGUAACUCGUAAUACAAACGACGGCACUUUAUAGGGCCAAUCUGACAGCCGUUUGUAUAGCUUAUGUAUUUAUAAUUCAUUCUUACAGCUUUUAAUCUGUAUGAUUCAUAUAUUAUUAUUUUUUUGAUCAGAAACCGGAAUCCGGGGGUACGAUUCAUUGCUGUAAUUAAUUUAAAUAAUGUGAUAGAAGUAAACUAGCUGAUAAAAGUAUAAUUGUAUAAAAAUUUAAAAGGUGGAAUAAAUAUAUAAAUAAUAUGAAUGUAAGCGGGCGCUGUUUAAAAUUGAAAUUAAUAAUAUAAAUAUUCAAAUGUAGUCUCAAUUGUGUGUAUGUAAUUCAUAAAAAAAUUAUAAGUAUGUCCUCUGUAGUUAAAGUUUAAUAAAGCUCAUAAACGUUAAUGUGAAGUCAUUCGCAUUAUUCCCUUUGCGAUAGUGACUUCCUGCCCGCAGCCUCCGAUUUCUGAUAUUUGUAAGAUUGUUCGCAUAUAAAAUUGUAGUUUUUUUUUAUUAACAAUAGUAAUUUAAAUUUUCCGUACGGUAUUGUUGUUGAUUAAACUAUUAUGCUAUAUUGUAUCGUUUUCUGAAAUAAAAGACUUAAUUUAUGA